CUUUACAUAUAUAUUAAGAAAAAAAAUGGCAGUGACUAAGGUGGCAUUGGUUGCUGCAGUGAUGAUAUGCAUGCUUAUAGCAGGCUCUCACGCUGAAGCAAACUUGACAUGUGAUCAAGUCACUAUCUGGCUAACUCCAUGCAUCAGCUAUGCAGUGUUGGGAGGGAGUGUGUCACCCAUGUGUUGCCAAGGUAUCCACUCUCUCAAUGCAGCAUAUAAGAAUGCAGAUGAUCGAAGAGGUGCAUGCCAGUGCAUUAAGGAUAAAGCAGCCUAUAUCCUUGGGAUUGACUAUAACCGUGUUAAUGCUAUUCCUGGCAAAUGUGGCACUAAAUGUCCCUACAAAGUUUACCCUUCCACUGACUGCUCCAAGGUGAAGUAAGCAGCAAAGGGUGCACUAUAUGACUGGAGAUCAAGACUAUUGAUCACUAGCAGUGCUGGAAAGAUUAUUCUAUAUCUAAAAAAAAGAAAUAUUAAACUUACUAGGGAAUAAAGUGUACGGAUCGGGUAUAACGAUCCAACCAAUUUGGUGAACAAUAUAUCAGCCAAUAAAAA